AUGUAUCUUUUGAAAGACACUCGCCAAUUAAUAUGUUUGUUGGGUGUGCUUUGUAUUCUACGCCUGUCGAAGACCGAAGACAAGGAAUUUUUGGAAGAGUUUUUCAAACGAGAAUAUUCUCUGGUAAAGCCUUAUUCUGGGUUAAGCUUCUCGAGCUCUCCAACGUGGGAUCUGAAGGGUACCGCUAUGUUGACAACUGAUUAUCUAAGACUCACACCGGACCAGCCGGCCAGACAAGGAGCUGUCUGGAGUCGAGUUCCUUUGAUUUUAAAAGAAUGGGAGCUCAAGGUGCACUUUAAAAUCCACGGGCAAGCAAGAAUUUUCAUGAGUGGCGAUGGUCUUGCCAUCUGGUUAACCAAAGAGCGCAUGCAGGAUGGGCCCGUUUUCGGAAGCAAAAACCUGUUCACUGGCCUUGGAAUAUUUGUGGAUACUUAUCUCAAUUCUGGCAAGAAGGCUGAUAGGAGUGUCCCUUAUAUAUCAGUGAUGUUGGGGAAUGGGACCCUUUCUUAUGACCACGAUCGUGAUGGAAUACCCACUGAGCUCGGAGGCUGCCCGGCAAUGGCUCGUAAUGCAAGACAUGAGACAUUUCUGCUCAUCAGAUACUCCAAAAACACAUUGACGGUUAUGUUUGAUGAUGGUCAACAAACUUGGAAAGACUGCACCAGCAUCUCCGGUCUACAUUUGCCUCGAGGCUAUUACCUUGGGGCCUCGUCUGCCACUGGAGACCUCUCAGAUAACCAUGACAUCAUCUCCAUGAAGUUGUACGAGCUAACAGUGGAGGAGGAACCAAAUGAUGAGCCGACCAUCCCAAGGGUUGAUAACAUGAAGCAAUUCCAAGUGAAAAUUGAAGAGGAGCAGAUGAGUGCAGUCCAGCUGUUCUUUGGCCUUCUCUUCACCAUCCUGGGCCUGGGUGUGCUGGCAGUGGUUGGGUUGAUAGGAUACGGACGCUGGAAGCAAAACAAACGCAAACAUUUCUAUUGA